CUAGUGGCACUACAUCGCGCUAUCUCCUUGCUCGCUAUUCGACAGAUUGUGGACCGCGCGCGUGCAUCCGAACGUCGUAUCGGACCGCCUUAUUUUGAUUCCUCGCCUUUUUUCUCCUCUAUUUAUCUUCUCAUUCUCCCUCUCUCCCUGCCUACAUUAUUUUCUUCCCCAAUAAUUUAUUCUUCUCUCUCUUUCUCCGUUUCUUCUCCGCACGGGAACUCGUGAAUUAAAAAGGGAGCUCGCGGCCGCCCGCCAGGAUUUAUUCGCGGAGACGCAGCGAGUGAUCUUCACAUGCAGAGUGCGGUCGAAGAAUUUUACUGUGUGAUCGAUACUGGGCUGCUGAGGAAACGUUUUGUUUUUCAUCGAGGAGAAAAAAAAAAGAACGAGUAACAAAUGUUAUGACUGUCGAUGGGAAGUGAGCUUUUAAGCCAGGAAGAGAACCGUUGGAGCCUAGAGUUUUUGCCCGUCCUCGGGUCGCACUUGGAUAAAUUCGAUAAAUGUCUCAAUCGUUCGAUGCCGGAUCCUUCGGCCGCAAACACUGACGAGAUCUCGUUAUAAGAGGUUCGCCGGGAAAGAUAAAGAAAAUUAGAAAUCGAGGAUAUCGGAAUACCGCACGAGACUGAAACGCAUAAAUUGUACCCAAUAGCAGGAUAGAGAAACUUUGCACGGUGCUCUCCCCUGCCGCUCUUCCGACUCUCUUUCCCGGAGAACUUGUGCGUUACAUAAAGAAUUUUACUGGUCAGUUAAUGAACCCGGCUGUGCGUGCACUCGUGGAACAUCCAACGACGCCGACGACGACGAAAACGACGGCGAGGACGACGGCUUGCUCGUUAUUACGCAAAAGUCAAGAAUGAAGGACCAACGGCGGGAUCACGACGAGUGAAAGUGAAGCCGGGGCAACACGCGCUUUACCUGGACCAGGUGUGAAAGCGCAGUGCGCAAUACGUACGCCGGGAACACGUGGUGUGGUGAUACCUGUCGAAACCGCGUUAUCGGCACGGCACGACGACAAGGACGAGUGAUAAUAAUAAUGGCGAUUAUGAUAACGUUGUUGCCACCUCACCGCGAGAACCAUGCCCGGUGUAGUAACAUCAGAUGAUGAAGAUGAUGAAUAUUUCGCAAAUGCAACACGCAUCCUGUUAAUUAGUCACCACUGGCCGAUUAUUUAAUCCACUUUUAUUCCGCUUUUACUUUUAUUAAAAUUAAUGGUUUUAAUCGAAAAUCGAGGACCACCAGUCGAGAUAGAAGUGAUUGAUACCGGAGUUUCUUCAGAAGACGAAUCAUUGCGAAGAAACGAUUAAUCGAACGAAUCAUAAACUAUUAUUCAAGGUUUAGGUUGGAAAUACGUGACGUUAUUGAUUCGGAUUACUCGGACCAUCCAUUAAUUUUUAUCAGUGUCGUGAAUUAUUCUAUCGAAGAAUUUCAAGAGAAGAUUGUUUUCUCUUUACGGCGUAAAUCUAUCGAAAAUUCAAGAUGAAAUUCAUCGCAUCCUUGUUCGGGACGGGAUCUCCGAAGGCGAUGGGCAGGCAGUACAUGAAGGUUGGCCGAAACGCGCUUUUCGGUGUGAGGACUAAUCACAAUGAUGAUAUUUGUACCGAAAAAGUGCCGAGGCCGCUAUCCUUGCUAAUCUCCAAGAAGGGAAAGCUCAGACAUAGUAGGAUAGCAGCAAUCUGUCUAGGUCUUCUUGCACUUGUAAUCGGUAUAGUGCUCAGUAGCAUACCGUGGGUCGACUAUCUCAUUUUAAGACAACUGCGAUUAUGGAACGGCUCGCUCUCCUUUCAAUAUUGGCAGAAACCAGGUGUGGUUCGACUGACGAAAGUUUACAUAUUUAAUGUAACCAAUGCGGAGAGCUUUUUACAAUUGAACGAGAAGCCGAAGCUUCAGGAAGUUGGCCCGUUUGUUUAUCGAGAAGAUAUGGAGAAAGUUAACAUUGUGUUUCAUAAUAACGGAACCGUAAGUUAUCAGCAUAAAAAAAUCCUGAAUUUCGUGCCUGAAAUGUCUAAAGAUGGAGAUAUCAAAGUGAUGGUGCCAAAUAUACCUUUACUGACACUUUCGACGCAAAGCAAGAGUCUCCCGCGUUUUAUCACAAUGGGAUUGUCAAUUUUCUUGAGCGGAUUGCAUAUGAAACCGUUCGUUCCUAUAACUGCACAGGAACUCGUCUUCGGUUAUGACGAUCCAUUAGUUAGCAUUGCACAUCGAUUCUUUCCAAAAACAAGACGACCUAUGAGUAGAAUGGGUCUCUUUCUCGGAAGAAACGGCACAUUGAGUGAAAUGCAUACAAUAUUUACCGGACAUACGAGUAUGAAAGAGUUCGGAUUGCUAAAUCGAUUGAACGGGCUCGAUCACUUGCCAUAUUGGCCGAACGCGCCUUGUAACUCUAUUACAGCUUCGGAAGGAUCCUUCUUUCCGCCGCGAGAACUGACCGGUUCGGAUAUCGUUCACAUCUGGGACAAGGAUCUUUGCAGGACAAUGCCGUUGCAGUAUCGCGGCCCGGUAGAAAAGACGGGUAUCAAAGCGGAUUUGUAUACACCACCGGACGCACUGUUUGGUCGACCGAAUGAGACCGCCCCUAUGGAGAACGAGUGCUUUUGCACCGAUGGCAUUGCCACUUGCCCCCCGCAAGGCUUGCAAGACAUUAGUCCGUGCCAGUAUAGUGCGCCUGUUUACCUCUCAUUUCCGCAUUUUUACAAAGCGGAUCCUGAAUUAUUAGAAGCCGUCGAGGGACUCAAACCGGUUGAGAAACUACACGAAACGUACUUCAAAAUUCAACCAAAACUCGGUGUGCCUCUUGAAGGGAAAGUUCGUGUCCAGUUAAAUUUGAAAGUGGAGCGACAAUCCAGCAUCGCGGUGGUCGCAAACUUUCCCGAUAUAGUGUUCCCUAUUAUGUGGGUCGAAGAGGGUGUAGAGGAGCUUACGCCGGCCAUGAGACGGUGGAUUUAUCUAGCGACCACGUUCGCCAACAUCGCUGUGCCCUGCUUCUCGUACGGCAUGAUUCUAGUCGGACUAACGGCCAUUAUUACGGUGUUCGUGAAGGCGUACAACAGCCCGGUGCUGGCGCACGAAGCGAUCGAGCUCGGAAAAAGGACCAUCAGGAGAGGCUCGUCCUUCCUGAUUAACGGUCAACACCGACUCAUGGUCGGUAGGGAUUCCUACAUUCUCUUAAGCAAUGAUAUUGACGAGAAACAGGACAUUAUAGAGACCCGAUAAAUAUUGUUUCAUUUAUAAAUUAUAGUGUUACACGUGCUUUGAUGCUAAUUGUAAGUAAGUAUAGUGGUUUUAAUGAUCAUACUUGUGAACGAUAAUUAAUGACGCCUAGUCUCGGUUCGUCGUUAAGUGAAUCAAUCGUGCCACUGAUAAGAGAUUCGCCGUUUCUCCAUUGGAAAUCUUAAAUCAGCGAAAGAGUUUAGGAUCACGUAGGCAGAAUUCGAGAAUCUCAGGAACUAAUGUCAUUAGAAACUAACAAUAAGCCAUUUAGAAUUAAAAACAUCUUAAGAUCCAGAAUCUAGAAUUCGAAAUCAAAUAAUUUCAAAUUCUAUUUCACUUUAUGAUACCUUUUUUUUAAUUGAUAUUUUCAUUAAUGCAUAU